ACUAACAGUAGACACGAAAAGACGUAGAGAAGCUCGGAGAGGGAAUACAACAGCAGGAUAGCUACAGAUUGUGGGGAGGUGACGUCACAGCAUGUUGGCUGUCGUCUGCCUGCUAACGGCACUCUCUACGACCAACGCUAAAUCCGCAGCCGCAUCCUACUUCGACAAUCAAGAUCACUGUAAGCCAAUAUGUCCGUGUCUUAUGGAUGGUAUCUAUCAUGACCACGGGGACGAGUGGACACAGAAAGGCGAACCAUGUAUAAGAUACAAGUGUGAAGAUGGAUUUUAUCAGCCAAUUUACCAAGGUUGUGACUACAAGGGCCAAUGCAAAGACGCUAAUUCAACAUGGACAGAAAAGUGUAUGACCUACAGAUGUACGAAUUUUGAAGUAUAUAACGAGUACACACUUAUCGAGGGAGGUUGUGAGGACCGGGAGGGUGUUUGUCAUAAAGUGGGUGAUCGUGUUAGCCUUGACUGUAACGUACUCGAGUGUCAGAUCCACAUCACGUGCUACCGGUUCAUGCCAAUCACUAAAGGUUGUCGUGCGCAAGGGGAGUGCAAACAGUUGAAUUCAUUCUGGCACGAUGGCUGUUCGAUGUUCCAAUGUGUGGAGAAAGAUAAAGAACCAAACUUCUACCUAAUGGAGGAUG